UUGAGCGAUGCCCCUUCUCACACUAACACACACUCUACAAGAGCAGACACACUCGGCGAACCUCUUUCUCAGAACUGAAUUUAGUCUGAUCAUCUGAAGUAAAUAACUUUUUUUAACAGGCUUCCCUUUUUGAAGUUCAGUGUCUCUUGACUGGACUGCAUAUUUGGGCCUGGUGCUGUGGAGCUCCAGUCCAUUGAGUUGCUUUUUCCUCACCCGUACUCCAGUGCUUGGUGGGAGGAAGACACCGCUGACCCGAGAUGUUCCUCGCACUAGUGGUGACGCCAGAGCUGAGGGAGUUUCUGACCAGAGCGAGAGGUGGAGCACUCCGCCUCCUCAAGGUGUGCAUCCAAGACGAGCAGCUGGUGCUGGGGGCCUGCAGAGAGCCGGAAAAGAGCUGGGAGCAGGACUAUGACCACUUCCUGCUUUCUCUCCUUUACGACCAGGAGCCCUGCUACAUCCUGUACCGUCUCGACUCCCAGAAUGCACAGGGCUACGAGUGGAUCUUCAUAUCAUGGUCUCCUGAUCAGUCUCCAGUGAAACAGAAGAUGUUGUAUGCUGCCACCCGUGCCACAGUAAAGAAGGAGUUUGGAGGUGGCCAUGUGAAGUACGAGAUGUUUGGCACAACCGAGGAGGACAUUUGUUUGCUGGGAUACCAGCGCCAUGUGUCCUCCUGCUCAGGUCCUGCCCCGCUCACACUUGCUGAACAAGAGCUGCAGAGGAUUAAAAUCACAGAGUGCCGGGUUAAACAGGUGAAGACAGAGAUCAGCGUGGAGAGUAAGCACCAGACACUUCAGGGUCUAGUUUUCCCUCUGCAGGAGACUGCCAAAAGAGCCUUGCAGCAACUUGCCCAAAAACGCAUCAACUACAUUCAACUGAGGUUGGAUGUACAGAAGGAGACAAUCGAGCUGGUCCACUCCAACCCGACAGAAACUCGUGAAUUGCCCCACAGAGUUCCCAAAGACACUCCCAGAUAUCACUUCUUCCUUUAUAAGCACUCCCACGAAGGAGACUACCUGGAAUCUGUUGUGUUCAUAUACUCCAUGCCAGGAUACAGCUGUAGCAUUAAGGAGCGGAUGUUGUAUUCAAGCUGCAAGAGUCGACUACUAGAGGACGUGGAGAAAGAUUACCAUUUGGAAGUUGCUAAAAAGUUGGAGAUCGAUGACGGAGACGAACUGACUGAGGACUUCCUGUAUGACGAGGUCCAUCCCAAGCAGCAUGCUCACAAACAGGCCUUCGCUAAGCCCCGCGGCCCAGCAGGAAAAAGGGGACACAAGCGCCUCAUUAAGGGGACAGGAGGCACCCUACAGAACAGCUAGAGGCGGACCCCUUCCUCCCCAUAGUCCCCAGACCCUCUAACACCCAUAGGCCCAGAGGAAUGAGCACAGUGGUGGACUUCCUCUGCUGCUUGUGUACAACACUUGUGCUUUAUAAAUAUGUUUUUGAUUAUACAAUAAUAAGUCAAAUACAGUAUAUGUCUCUCCCACAGACAUAUCAAGUCUUAUAAAGACAAACUAUAGAUAACAUGUGUAAGAAAACAUGACACAAAUCCCUAAUCAAAAAACAAUCAGGCUAAACACUGACAGAUUAGCUUGUUGUUGUUGUAUAGCUAAUCUGUCUGGUUCUUUCAUAUGUCAAAAAUUGAUUUCUGCCGUUUACAACAUACAGAUUACAAGUUUUGUAUCAGCAAUGUUUGUAUGAGAAUAUGAAAGGAAAUUCCAAAUAAAUGUUGUUUAUACUGUGAUCUU